ACGCCGAAUAUGGUUGCAACGGAGGAAAACGUUAAGAUGGAAGUGGAUGAGGCAACCGCCUUCAAAGAACGUGGCAAUGCAGAAUUCAAGGAAGAUUGCUGGGAAGCGGCCAUCAAGUGGUACACGAAAGCGAUUCACGCCGGCGAGAAGCAUAAAGAUCUGCCAGUAUUCUACAAAAACCGUGCGGCGGCCUUCCUUAAACUCGAGCAGUACGAAAACGCGCGCAAGGAUUGUACCGAGUCGCUGGAAUUGUGUCCAAACGAUCCGAAAGCACUGUUUCGUCGGUUUCAGGCGCUCGAAGCGUUGGAGCGUUUCGAGGAAGCGUACAAAGAUCUGCGAACGAUUCAUACGCAUGAUCCGAACAACAAAACGAUCAAACCACAUCUGGAGCGGCUGCAUGCGAUCGUACAGGAGCGUGCCCGGGAACGGGCCCAAACUUCCAACAAGGUGACCAAGAUGUUCGAAAUUGCGUUCGAUAUCGGAGCGCCCAACGAUAAACGGGAACAGGCGAUGAGCAAUCUUGUGGUGCUGACACGCGAGCAGGCAGGUGUGGAAGUCAUGAUGCGAGAAGGUGUAGUGACGCGUAUUGGCAAGUUGCUAAAGGUGGAGAAAAACAACGACAUCAUUACGAACGCAAUUCGAGCGAUCGAUGGCGUUUGUCUGAAAAGUGCCGAACGUACGAAGCAGGUCAUUAACGAGCUCGGUAUUCCUUGGUUCCUGCAAAUUCUGGACUGCAACGUUGAGGAGCGUGUAGCAGCAUCCCAGCACUGCAUGCAAACGGUGCUGAACUCGAUUUCGGGCAUGGACAACAAGGAAGACACCAAACCAAUCGAUGCUUUGGUAAAGGAAAAUCAGCAAAUCAUCGAAACACUGCUCACCUGUCUGCUGUACUCGGUUACCGAUCGUACGAUCUCGGGUAUGGCUCGUGAUUCCAUUAUGGAGCUGCUGAUUCGUAACGUCCACUGGAAGACUCUGAACUGGGCGGAAAGGUUGGUCGAGCUGAAGGGUCUGAUGCGGCUGAUGGAAGUCUGUUCCGAGCUGGAGGAGUACAAGUACGAGAGUGCAAUGAACAUUACGGCUUCGUCGCGUACGAUCGCCACGGUCUGCCUGUCGCGCAUCUACGAAAACAUGUACUACGAUCAGGCCCGUGAGCGGUUUACGGAACAGAUUGCGGACUUCGUGAAGGAUAAGCUGUUGACGCCCGAUCACGAAUCGAAGGUGCGUGUAACGGUUGCGAUCACUUCGCUGCUGCUCGGACCGCUGGACGUUGGCAACACGAUCGUGUCACGUGAGGGUGUCCUGCAGAUGAUUCUCGUCAUGGCACAAUCGGACAAUUUGCUGGAACAGAAAGUGGCCUGCGAAUGCUUAAUUGCUGCUGCCUCAAAGAAGGACAAAGCGAAGGGUUUGGUCCAGUCGGGAGCAGAAAUCUUGAAGCGGCUGUACUCGUCCAAGAAUGAGGAAAUUCGCGUACGUGCCUUGGUCGGUCUGUGCAAGAUCGGCAGUUCGGGCGGUUUGGAUGCUUCGAUUCGUCCGUUUGCUGAUGGAUCAACGAAAAAGCUAGCGGAAGCAUGUCGUCGCUUUUUGGUGAAGCCGGGUAAGGACAAGGACAUUCGCAAGUUUGCCGCCGAAGGUCUCGCCUAUCUGACGCUGGACGCCGAGGUGAAGGAAAAGCUUGUAGAGGAUCGUGCCGCUAUCAAGGGUUUGAUUGAACUAGCCAAAACUGGUGACCAGUCCGCACUUUACGGUGUAGUUACGACGCUGGUCAAUCUGGUGAAUGCUUACGACAAGCAGGAGAUGGUACCGGAGUUGGUAGAGUUGGCCAAGUUCGCGAAACAUCACAUCCCCGAAGAGCACGAACUGGACGAUCCGGACUUUGUCAGUGCUCGUGUCAUCGUGCUCGCGAACGAGGGUGUCACGUCCGGCUUGGUGGCGCUUUGCAAAACGGAGAGCGAUAAUUCAAAGGAAAUGAUUGCUCGCGUCUUUAAUGCGCUGUGCAGCGAGCAAGAAGCACGUGGUAAGGUGGUUCAGCAGGGUGGAGCAAAGGUACUGCUUCCGCUGUCCCUUAACGGAACGGCCAACGGAAAGCGACAUGCUGCUCAGGCCCUGUCACGCAUUGGAAUCACCAUCAAUCCGGAGGUCGCUUUCCCGGGCCAGCGCAAUCUGGAGGUGAUCCGUCCUUUGAUGAACCAACUGCAUCCCGAUUACACGUCGUUGGAAAACUUUGAAGCACUGAUGGCGCUCUGUAAUCUAGCCUCGAUGAAUGAAUCCACCCGCCAGCGUAUCAUGAAGGAACAGGGCAUGAUUAAGAUUGAGUCGUACAUGGCAGAGGAUCAUCCGAUGCUGCGUCGAGCCGCCACUCAGGUGAUGUGCAACAUGGUACAAUCACCCGAUGCGGUAGCAUUGUGCGAAAAGCAAAACGAUCGAGUAAAGAUGCUUGCACUGCUCUGCGAAGAGGAAGACGAAGACACGGCACUGGCAGCAUCGGGAGCGCUCGCUUAUCUCACAUCCGUGUCAGAACGAUGCUGCGAGAAAAUGUUUGAACCGGCUGGCUGGUUGAAUGUGUUUCACACGCUAGUGGCAAACCCGAGCCCGGGAGUACAGCAUCGGGGCAUCGUGAUCAUUCGAAACAUCAUGAAGACGAGCAAACAGCUGGCCUCGAAGCUGUUCGAUACGGAUGUGCUGCAGAUGAUGUACGGCGUUACGCAGCUGAACGAUGAACGGCGGGCUAAGGCGAUCGAGUGUGCGCAGGAAUGUUUGAAGCUGGCCGAAGAGUACCGGCUGAUACAGGAAAAUGCCGAUUCCGAUCUGGCACCGGACGUGUUUAAGGAGCAGCCGGCUACGAUUGAGGAAGUCGAUAAUUGA